AUGCAAUCUUGGGAUCAGGUCCGGCAGAACGAGCAAGAGCCUGGGGACUCGUCAAUGUCCGCCUUGCCCACCUUGCCCGAACAGCAACUGCCCCUGCCAGUGCCCGUUCCGGUCAAUGUCCGACAUGGCUCCUACCAAAGCCUGAGGAAACUGCCGAGCCGUGGAAACGCGAACGGCUUGUCUGAGGAGACCAACAUCUACACCGAGACGCGGAUGUUGCAGGAUCAGACCGGGCGCCUUCUCUACAUUGGCGAUGCCUCCACGCUGUCCAUCUUGCAAUUGAUCCGCAUCGUGGUCGAGAAUACCGCCGGAUCGGAAAUGGGCUCACCCUUCAUCGAUGAUCCUAAGAGGCAUCGUAUAUUGGAGAGCAUCAUUGACUUCCCGCCGAACGUCCGGAUCCCCAGCCCGCUUCCAGACAAACAGACCGCAGACAUCCUCAUCGCGUCGUACUUUACGAAUACCUGCGGCUUGAUCGAAGUUCUGGACAGGCCUUCUUUUCUUCGAUCCGUCGAGGAAUACUACAAAGACCCACCCUCCGCCAGCAAUUAUUUCCUGUGCCACUUAUAUUUGGUCCUGGCCCUUGGCCUGUUACUUGCUGCGCCUGUCCCGGGCAGUCACGAGGAAGCGGUAAUACAGAAGCAGCUCAGCGCGCAGCCAGAUAGGGGAGAACUCUUCUUUCGUAGUGCCAGGUCCAUGUGCGACCCGGGAGCCGGCUUUGAGGAUGCGGACUUUUGGUCCAUCCAAGCACUGUCGUUGAUGACGAUUUACAUGCUCAUCCCCUGUCUGCGGAAUGCUAACCUGAUUUCAGGAAUGGCUGUCCGUUCUGCUUACGCUUUGGGCUUGCAUCGAGAGGAGACAAUGCGCGACGUCAUCUUCACGCCCACCGAGAUGAGAGUGAGGAGGAACUUGUGGAAGACGCUGUUCAUCCUCGACCGCUUUUUGGCCGCCACCUUGGGGAGACCCGCCGCCAUCUCAGAGGACGACUGCUCCUGCAAAAUCUUGCCAGACAAAGAUGCGACCGAUAUCCAGGCAGGCUGUGAGGCUGGGCUUGACCCUAUCCACGCGAGAAGCAUCGAUUCCUGUGUUGAAGCGGCCCAUGCCAUUGGCGUGACACUCAAGGUCUUCUCUCGGAGAAAGAUCUCAACCACCAAAGUCCAAGAGAUAGUCGACAUGUCCAAGAACUGGGAUCUGGCCUCUCGCGCACACUCAUACCGGCGACAGUCAAGCGAAGGCAUAAUAAACCCGGCCCACGGAAUGGCCUCCCUGCAUGUCAGCCUCCUGUCAUUGCAUUCGCUCAUACUCCUCACCCGCCAGCUAUUCGUCAUGCAUAACUGGAUGCUCGUUGAGGAGCGUUCGGGCAUCAAGAAAUCACCUCAAAUUCGCGAAUCACCAAUGGCACGGUUUUCAGAGGCUUGUGUCGUGGCGUCUUACCGGACGAUUAAGCUGGCUCGCAGUGCUCGGGAAGACGGCUACCUCCCACGCAGAAACCCCUUCAUCAUAUACUUCGUCUUUGCUGCCAGCCUCGUCAUUCUCAUGAAUCAGUUUUCCUCACUGUACUUCACCGAGGAGUAUCGCAGAACCAUGCGUGACGCUAUCGACAUCGUGGCGUACUGCGCCGAUAUUGAUCCACAAGCGCGCCGUGUCCUUGAUAUCAUCACCAGAUUCUCGGAAGUUGUCAACAAAUGGACCAAGGACCAUGCUUAUCCUGCGCCUCCGCUUUCAACCAAUCUCAACUGUCUCUAUGUCCAGACUACGAGAUCUGGCCCGACUUCCGAGCACAUGCAUCCAGGGUCGGCCAUCAACGCAGGUAUCCAGAGGCGAAGCUCUUCUCAGACCGUCAACGGACCAGAUCCAGGUCUGCUGACUCCGCCGCCGAUACCGAAAUUUUCCCAUUUCGACAUCUUACACACCCAUGUUUCCAGCGCAGCGCUUGAAGCAAGAGUCAACCCCAUGAUCCCGCUUAAUGCCCAUGGUCCUACAGUCCCUCUUGUGGCCGGCCGGCCGAGUAUCUCAACACACUCGCCAAUCGCAAGCUCAGAACCCCACAGCGGAAACUUCGAGUUCGAAUUCGACGGUUUGUGGAGUAACUUCAUCAACCACCUUCCUCCAGUCUCUUCGGUCGCCCCGGGGAUCAGCAACCUGGCGUUGCAGUUUCCACCCCCUGUGAUUGGAGCCCCGACAGAGCCCUACGGUGCGUACUUGAUUCCUAGGGAACAGAAAGUCCUGCCACGGCAGGUAGAAACGUUCCCCUAUCCCAUUCAGGUGUAA